AUUGCUGAAAUUUUGUUCGGAAUAGCGCCAUAACCCAAAUUUGGUGAUGCAAUUUGGCAACGUGGAAGCUGAGAUUGAAUUCUUCGCUUCCCUCGUCAAAGCUGACGGUUGGCUGAAAGGAGAUCACAUUGAUUUGGGCUUGUAUCUCAUCCGGAAGCGACAACAACAGUUGGAGGAAGUAGAAAUAUCGGAUUGGACAACGACCGAUGUAUUUUUUAUGAAUCACAUCCAUACUUGCUUUGCGGAUAAUAAAAGGAAAAAAGAGCAAGUUGGGUGGAAAAUUAGAACCAGUUUACUGAACGUUGUAAAUGGCAAGGUUCCGGCUUGUGGAAUGGAUUGGCAGUACACGUAUAAGGUGUAUGUACCUUGUAUGUUGCCAAAAUAUAAGCAUUGGGUGGCUCUAGAGAUUGAUCUGAUUCAGUGUGAAAUCAAAGUCUACGAUUCAAUGGUUUCACUCAUUCCAGGUCAGAGCUUAAAGGAGGAACUCGGCCCCCUGUCAAUUACGAUUCCAAAUCUUCUGCACACCCUCGACUUUUAUGAAGAAGGUGUUCACGCGAACGAGUGCACCCGAGAUUGGUGGUGUCCAUGGCCAAUACAUCGUGUGGAUGUUCCACAACAGGCUAAUCAAUGA